AAAAAAUUGUGACUGCCCGACUACUAUCCCCAUUGAGGCUUCGUGUCUGCCAUCGCCUCUGUGCCGCGAGUCCCGCGGAUUGGUCGUACGUAUGCUUCUUGUUGUGAGAGGGAGGGCGUCUGUGCUCCAAUCGAGGAUGAGGAAGACGUGGGUUGAUUCUGUGGGAUGAGUGAGACGGCGGCCACGAAAGUCUUCUCCUUCAAUCGUGCAUUGCGCGGCGGUAUUGGUGGUGAGUUUCCUGUCUUGUUGAGGCACUAUCAAGACGUGUCAGUAACUCAUUCUUCCUUUGACAGUACUGUUGUGCAAAGAAAUUGGGACAACAGAGUGCAUACGUGUGGGUUUUUCUUCCUUGCUGUUGACAUCUCAUGUACCUUGCUCAUCGAUCUCGUCGCCUGCUUUCCCCUAUGAUGGUGGCGGCGCUGGCGAUCUUCUCCAAGGCCUACGGA